AUGGCGGCAAAACCCUCGUCCACCACCCGCUCAAAGCGAAAAAAGAAGCAAUUGCCUCUGGACUCGAAGAGAACUAAAAUUAGUAAAACCAAAUCCAAGGACAAGAAGAAGAAGAAUUCCGUUGGGAAUACGUUAAUUGAUAGCACAAAAAUCCGUGAAAAGAAGAACGUAAUUGAAAGCACAGAAGCAGCAGAAAACGAUGGAAACUAUGGCGUUCAACUGGCGACGGCUUCUCUGCAACUGAGAUUUUUUGUUCACCAGUAUCAAUCUACCAAUGGCGUUCAGCUUUCGUCUCUCGAAAUUGAAUCCCUCAAAGACAAAUGCAUCCUUGAUCUAUGUGAGGGUCCUGCUCAGAAUAUUAACAAUUUGGGUCAGUAUAUCAAGGUUGCUUUUGGGCCAUCAUGGAAAGAACUGCUUUGUGAAAAACAUCUUCAAGAAGGGAAAGUUGAUCCUGGAAAUCCUGCAGUUCUUGUAAUAAGUCUAUCUGCCCUGAGGUCACUGGAACUUCUCAGGGAAUUGAGGCCUUUUACAAAAGAAUGUCAUGCUGCAAAGUUAUUCUCUAAGCAUAUGAAGAUUGAGGAGCAGGUGUCCCUCUUAAAGAAUCGUGUCAAUAUUGCUUGUGGAACUCCAAGCAGGAUUAAGAAACUAAUCGAUAUGGAAGCACUGUGCCUAUCUCGAUUAGCAGUGAUUGUGCUCGACAUGCACACAGAUGUUAAGGGCUAUUCCUUGUUCACACUUCCUCAAGUCAGAGACGAGUUCUGGGACUUGUAUAAAAGCCAUUUUCAUCAUCGGCUGCUUGAAGCGCACCAUAUCACGAUAACGCAUCUGGCCGUUGCUUCCAGAGAAACGUCGCUGCCACCAGAUCUUGCAAUACUUAAGAAGCAAUGCAGCGGCGAUGGGCGCGAUAUGUGGACGAGCGAUUUGUGA